AUGGAGGGAGUGUUAGUGAUUGAUCUUGCCAGCACCACUGCUACCAAUGUGUUUACUCCUAAAAAGGAUCAGAGGAAUCCUGACAUCGUUAUGGGGUUUGUCGACGACAAGUUUGUGGCCAAGUUCGUUGACAGCAAAACCAUGAAGAGAUACGAGCAGGAGAAGCUAUGGAAGACCAAGACCAUAGAAAGUGAGGGGAAUAGGUGCCGCGAUUAUUAUGAUAGCAUGAGGGUGCAUGUUUUCUACUCGCAGAAAAUAUCCUGUCAGCUGGUAUGA